AUCCUUCUCGAGAAACUAAAAGUGUAAGUGAGCUACAUAACGGCCAGCAAAGCCAGAUCUACCCCCUACCUACCUGUCAAAAUCAGCUGUAGCGAGUAAUGCCCAAGGCACCCGCGCAGAUUCUCCGAAUCAGCGGCGAGAUAGCCAAAGAAAGUUACAGACAUCUACCCUGGAAUCCGCCUGCUCUGCUCAUGCAAAGCAUGGAUGGAAACGAGAGUAGACAUACUACUGAGACAAGUGGGACCAAUAAUGAAGUAUUUCUAGACACAUCACUUGCAUCUCCAGCUACGUCAGGACAGAACAGGAAAUGCACCAAAUGUGAUUUUCAGUUUAACACCAAAGGCCUAGGUCGAGGCAACUAUAAAGUUUGCCCUAGCUGCCGAGAUAUGGACAUAGCGACAAACACGUCGCAAACGGGCCCGAAACAACAGAAAAGAACAAAUGAAGAAGUUAUCUCACCUUCUACAAUGCAGCAAGGCGCACCAAAGAAGCCGCACUCCCUCCCAGCUCACGAACCCAAAGCAUAUGAGGUAUUUGUAAACAACCUCCUAUACGCCGACGAAAAUGAACUGAAAGGAAUGAACCACGACGAGCUUAUCGAACGCGUCAUAGCGGUGACCAAAGCCGCUAAGAAAUACCAAGGCCAACUCCAACAAACACAAACCUUUUUGAAGGAAGCAAAAGAGGAACUAAAACAACAACAAAAAAUAAUGACUGACUACAAAAUUGCUUUUGCGGACAGGAUGUUUGAAUCCUAUAAGAAAACAGCGAAUCAACCGCCCAUUCAAGAAAUCAAGUCCUACGCAGCAGCUACCAAAGGCACAACAAAUAAUUCAGCAAACCACAAAUACGCACAAUCCACCCUCGCGUUCUCCAUAGAUCCGAGCGGCGCGGACAAGGAGUUGAACAUCAAGCUCAUCGACAACUUACUUGACGCAAAGGCAGCAGGCAAUCCAGUCCCACUGAGCGUGAACAGAAAAGACGACAAAGGGUAUAUAACCUUCCCCAAUCAAGAGGAUGCGGAAAAGGCGCGGAUGAUAUUAACAAACAACACAACAUGCAAAGGUUUUAUCAAUGAUCUCAAAACACAAGUUAAACUGUAUCCAGCUAUAGGACUCUUUGCCCCAGAAGGGGAUUUGAAAGAACUCAAAGAAGAAAUCGAAUUCCGAAACGGAUUUAUUGAGGACUCACUAGUCAAAAUAGUACAAAUACACAAAUGCAAGGAACCAGAUUUGAUUCACAUCAAACUAUUUUUCAACUCGCCCGAAGUGAGAGAUGAAGCUGUAUACAGAGCAAAAAUUCACACAAGCAUGAAGAGAAUAAAAAUUGUGCCAAUCGAUGUAAAUAGAGAAGUCAGGAGAUGUUAUAAAUGCAACAAGUGA